AACAACAGCUGCUAAUAAAACAUUUCGUCGAUGGCUAACAAUAAGGAGUGGUAUCUGCCCAUACUUUUAAAAUACGCAGACACAGAUUAGCGCGCACAUUGACAAGUUAACGUUAACAAGAUCAACCACCAGCUGUCAACCAACGUGAGUUUGGUAACUCUGUUUUGAGUACACAACGGUUCUUAACGGCAAAUACACCGAACAUUGAGCCACAUAUCCAACUCAGCCGAUGCACAACCACGAAUAAUGCUACAGGAGCGCUAAUGCUAUCGAAUGUUAGCUAAACUGGUACGCGAAGUUACAUACAGACAGCAGCUACAAGCAGCCAAGCUAACGGCUCUACCUUGGCCAGCAAGCAGAGUGGCAUGGAAAUUCGUUAACAAAUAGGUAGCAGUCAUUUUGCAUGCAUACAGAUCACGUAAUGUUAAAACGCUCAGAAAUAUUCUGCAUAUCAACAGUUCACGUUACUUACCUCAGGAAUCACAUAUGAAGAUAAGCUAGCGUGCUAGCUAGCUUAGCUAAAGUGCUUCAGUGCGAUUUUUUUUAGCUUUUUGAGGCAUUCGUCGAGGCUACAAGAACAGCGACGCCUGAGCGGAUAGUCAACAUGGGUCCGAGAAGGAGAGGAACGAGGAAAAGAAAGCCCGAGGAGGUUUUGGAAGGAGAAAAUGAAGGCGGGAACACUGCAGAGAAGGAGGCUGAAGAGACAGCAGGCAGGAUGAGGAAGUACCGUGGAAAUAAGAAAUACAUUGGAGCUCAUGUUGGCAUCCAAGGUGGGAUAUGGAAAGCAGUGGAGUCCUGCACAGAGAUGGGUGGCAGCUGUUUCGCCCUGUUUCUGGGCUCCCAGCGGUCAUGGAAGAGGCCUCCACUGGACCAGACUGCUGCAGCCAAGUUUCAGGAGCAGUGUUCCCUUCAGGAGUAUGACCCAGCUCACAUCCUGCCUCAUGGGUCCUACCUGAUGAACUGCGGAUCUCCUAAAGAGGAUGUGUUUGAGAAGAGCCAGGCCCUGCUGGUGGAUGAACUCAACCGCUGCACCCUCCUGGGCCUCAACCUCUACAAUUUUCACCCCGGCUCCUCCCUGGGCGUCAUCACCACUGAGCAGUGUGUGGACAAGAUUGCAGGAGCCAUCAACCAUGCUCACCAGCAAACACCUGCUGUGGUCACAGUGUUGGAGAACAUGAGCGGUCAGGGCAGUACGGUCGGUGGUAAGUUCUCUGAGCUGAAGAGCAUCAUAGACAAAGUGAGAGACCAGACCAGAGUGGGAGUGUGUCUGGAUACCUGCCAUGCCUUCGCGGCAGGAUAUGACCUGGCUGCAGAGGGAGGAGUGAAGGCCAUGCUUGAUGAGUUUGAUAAGGAAGUUGGACUCCAUUACCUCAGAGCCAUCCAUCUAAAUGACUCCAAAGGUAAGCUAGGCUGCAAUCUCGAUCGCCAUGAAGACAUCGGUAAAGGUCACAUAGGAAUCUCUGCUUUCCGGGACAUUGUCAACGAGCCCAGGCUGGACAACAUCCCUCUGAUACUGGAGACACCUGGACGGCCAGGAUUCGAGUAUGCAGAGCAGAUUGAACUUCUCUAUUCUCUCUGUGAGAAAAAAUAGAAAGCACACCGAUGAUCACUGAUGAGUUAGCACUGUUAAACUGAACCCUGUGAAACCACUGCGCACACGUUGCUGUUUAAGAGCUGAGAUGUUUGUCGAGGACCAAAGUGGAUGAGUGGUUAAACACACUUAGAAUUUGUUUGGUUGUUAAUCACCGUGCCAACAGUUUCGGUGCGUUUUGUCUUUGUAUGAACAUGAGUUGAAUAAAUGUGUCGUUGCAGA